AGUCACCACCCACCAGUCACCAACAACAGGAAGUGCGCUUCUCUGAUCUUUCCGGGGAAAUCCAGUUCAUUCCGCACUUUCCGGGGACCAAGGCCAAUUUUUUUGUUCUGGUCUGCUGGUGCUUCCCCCGACAACAUUUUCACGAGCACGAGAUUCCGCGCUUCCAUAUCAUUGCUUUUCAUCAACUUCUUGAAGUUUGAUGGAUCCAAAAUUAAAAUGGGCUGUCCCGCUUUUGAUUAUUGGAUCAGUUAUUAUGCUGGUAAAUACUUCUUUUGCUGAAGAUGACUACCAACGUUGUGAGAUUGCUGUAAACAAUUGGGCCACUUCUCAACUUAGUCAAGAAGUUAAGGAAGACAAACAUACACUUCGUGAUCUGUUGUUUUUCCUACAUAUACCAAGGACCGGAGGACGUACAUAUUUUCACUGUUUCUUGAAAAAGCUGUACUCUUCUCGGCUGGAAUGUCCUCGUUCUUAUGACAAAUUGCGUUUCAAUCCAAGAACAGCACAUUGCAGGUUGUUAGUUACUCACGAUGAUUACAGCAUGAUGACUAAGCUGCCUAAGGAGAAAACCUCAGUUGUGACAAUACUAAGAAACCCUGUUGAUCGUGUAUUCAGUACUUACGAAUUUUCAAUUGAGGUAGCCGCUAGAUUUUUGGUGCAUCCUAACUUGACUUCUUCCAUACAAAUGGCUGGACAUUUGCGAAAGAAAAACAAUGUGGUUAGCACGCUAGAUAUUUGGCCGUGGAAGUAUUUGGUUCCAUGGAUGAGAGAAGACCUAUUUUCCAGGAGAGAUGCUAGGCUGAGUCGGAAUCUAAAUCUCGUUGAAAGUAAAAACUCAUACGAUAUGGAACACUUUGCUAUGCCGCUGCAUCAAUACAUAAAUGAUCCAAUUGCUUUGGACAUCGUUCACAACGGGGCUACUUUUCAGGUUGCAGGACUAACAAAUAAUUCAAAGUUAGAGGAGUCGCAUGAAGUGCGUACUUGUGUGCAGAAGUAUGAUUCUCUGGGUGAUUCUGUGCUUGAUGUGGCAAAGAGGAGGUUGGACAAUAUGUUAUAUGUUGGACUAACUGAAGACCAUAAAGGAUCUGCGACAACAUUCGCACAUGUUGUUGGUGCACAGGUCAUUUCUCAGUUGGUAGAAUCAAAUUCUAGCAUGGAACAUCAAGCUAUGAAUAUAACAGAACAAAAUUCACUUGCAGAGUCUGAAUCUCAAAUUGGUCAACACAAGGCUGAUGAUAACCUGAUAAAGGUUUUACCAAAUGCGGUUAGAGAGGUCAAAAGAAGUAAGAUGACUGUUGGAAAUCUUAUGGAAGCUUACGAAUCAUGCAUUACUCAUUUGCGGAAGUCGCAGUCACAGCGGCGAAUUAAUUCUCUGAAGAGAAUAUCCCCAGUGAACUAUACAAAAGAGGCACGCCACCAGGUACCAGAAUCAAUGAUUGAACAGAUAAUUUCACUGAAUAGACUUGAUAUGGAGCUUUACAAGUAUGCUCAGAAUAUCUUUGCUGGGCAGCAUGAACAGACAGUGCAAAAGUUGUUGCAGGAAAGACAAAACAGCAUCCUGAUCAACUCAUUUAUGACUCCGCAUUGGGAAAAUAUUUCGUUAAUCAUGACCAUCGUUUUGGUGGUUGUUGCUAUAUUAUUGUUUGUAAAUGCAAGAAGAAGAAUGUCUAAAGUUAAGGUAUGAUAUGUUUGUAAACAUAGAUGUUAAGAAAGGUUUAUAGUGAAAGGAACAGCUGCCACUCUACAGUCCAGUACCUGUUCAUUUCGUGUAACUUGUGCUGGUCGGUUCGGCAACUUUGAAGGGACAGAAACUAUGAACGAUACAAGAUGAUUAGUACGGCAACUGGAAAUAUGAUUGUUUUAGCUUUGAGAUGCUUACUUUUUGCCAUUAUAUCACUGCAAAUAUAAAGGUAUAUCUGCAGCAAACAUUGGCAUAUUCUUUUCUAGUUAAAUCUAACUGGGAGAUUGUAAUGUUCUCAUACUUGGGUAUAUCACAGAAUAUCGAGAGAUUGAAAGGUCCGGGUUUAGACAUGGAGAAACUAGUCUUGUAAGUUGGGGUAAACUGUUACUUUUUUUUUUUGCCAGUUGGCAUUUUAUUAUGAACUUGAAAAUCCCAAAUUGUAUAACAAAUGUUGAAAGAAAAAGUUUAAUUUUUAAAUUAAGCGAGUUAACUCAGGGCUCGUUUGCUAUCA